AUACAUAUAUUGGUUACAAUUGAUGACCAAAUUACCAUUUUACAUUGUUAUGUCUCUUUUGAUAUAUUUUUCUUCAUUGUCAUCCCAGAUUUAUUUUGUUAGACGUUGCAUAACACCUGACAAUUUUUAUACUAACAGGUGAGUACUGGAGACAAAUGCGUAAAAUUUGUGUUAUGGAAGUGUUGGGUGCAAAGAAUGUACGAUCAUUCAGCUCGAUCAGGCGUGAUGAAGUUGUUCGUCUCAUUGACUCUAUCCAAUCAUCUUCUUUUUCUGGUGAGCCAGUUAAUUUUACGGAAAAGAUCAUUUGGUUCACAAGUUCCAUGACAUGUAGAUCAGCAUUUGGGCAAGUACUAAAGGAGCAAGAAGUAUUUAUAAAGUUAAUUAGAGAAGUAAUAAGCUUAACAGAAGGAUUUGAUGUGGCUGAUAUCUUCCCUUCAUACAAAUUUCUUCAUGGUUUUGGUGGAGCGAAGAAACAACUUCUAAAUGCCCAUCGUAAGGUAGAUUCAAUUGUUGAGGAUGUCAUCAAAGAGCACAAGAAGAACCUUGCAACUCGCAAAAGUGACGAUUCAAUAGGUGGUGAAGAUCUAGUUGAUGUCCUUCUAAGACUUAUGAAUGAUAAAAGUCUUCAAUUUCCAAUCAACAACGACAAUAUCAAAGCUGUUAUUAUUGACCUGUUUGCUGCUGGAACAGAAACUUCAUCAACAACAACUGUAUGGGCUAUGGCUGAAAUGUUCAAAAAUCCAACUUUAUUAUCCAAAGCUCAAGCAGAAGUGCGAGAAGCUUUUAGAAACAAAGUAAAGUUCGGUGAAAAUGAUGUGGAAGAUCUGAAAUACUUGAAACUAGUCAUUAAGGAAACAUUGAGAAUUCAUGCACCAAUUCCACUUUUGGUCCCAAGAGAAUGUAGAGAAGAAACUAAAAUAAAUGGCUACACUAUCCCUAUGAAGACCAAAGUCAUGGUUAAUGUUUGGGCAUUGGGAAGAGAUCCAAAAUAUUGGGAUAAUGCAGAAAGCUUUAAACCUGAGAGAUUUGAAGAGUGCUCUAUGGACUUUGUUGGUAACAAUUUUGAGUUUCUUCCCUUUGGUGGUGGGAGAAGGAUUUGUCCUGGAAUAUCGUUUGGUUUAGCUAAUAUAUAUUUGCCGUUGGCUCAAUUGCUUUAUCACUUCGAUUGGAAACUUCCUACUGGAAUAGAGCCAAGAGACUUAGACUUGAUUGAAUUGUCUAGAAUAACUGCUUCUAGAAAGGGUGACCUUUACUUAAUUGUCACUCCUUAUCAACAGUAA